AUGCAAGGCACUACCAACUCUCUGUCCGGCUCCUCGUCUUCAUCCGCUUCUGGGGACUGGCAGUUCUCUAGACGCACCCUCUCCCGCACACAAUCUCCACCAGCUGCCAAACUGGACCAGGAGAUGCAAGGCACUACCAACUCUCUGUCCGGCUCCUCGUCUUCAUCCGCUUCUGGGGACUGGCAGUUCUCUAGACGCACCCUCUCCCACACACCAUCUCCACCAGCUGCCAAACCGGACCAGGAGAUGCAAGGCACUACCAACUCUCUGUCCGGCUCCUCGUCUUCAUCCGCUUCUGGGGACUGGCAGUUCUCUAGACGCACCCUCUUCCGCACACCACCUCCACCAGCUGCCAAACCGGACCAGGAGAUGCAAGGCACUACCAACUCUCUGUCCGGCUCCUCGUCUUCAUCCGCUUCUGGGGACUGGCAGUUCUCUAGACGCACCCUCUCCCGCACGGCGCACACCAUCUCCACCAGCUGCCAAACCGGACCAGGAGAUGCAAGGCACUACCAACUCUCUGUCUGGCUCCUCGUCUUCAUCCGCUUUUGGGGACUGGAAGUUCUCUAG